GGCUUCGCCAGAACACUCAUCCUUCUUUAGGCCCGACUAUCGUUGAAGAGCUUCUCACACCACCUGGGCAAAUGUUCACAUGUGCCGAUGUUUUCACGCCUAAGCUCGAGCUUGCUCCAUCAAUGUACUAGAAAUCAGAGCCAUUUACAGAUCACUCGAUUUGCAUAUCAAGCAGCUGUUCGACCACCUUUGCUAAUGACAUCAUCUUUCGGAGCUUCAGCAGAUGCGAGGUCCGGGAAGACCAUUCAUACUGCGGGCUGCGUGAUUAUCGGGGACGAGGUUUUGGGAGGCAAGACUGUAGACACCAAUUCGGGGUACUUCGCAAAAUAUUGCUUCUCACUCGGUAUAGACCUCAAACGGAUUGAGGUUAUAGCAGAUGAUGAGGCCGAGAUUAUAGAGGCAACACGUCGAAUGAGCGCCAAUUAUGACCUUGUUGUAACUAGUGGGGGAAUUGGACCUACCCACGAUGAUAUUACAUAUCCAUCAAUAGCCAAGGGAUUUGGCCUGACGCUGAAACUGCAUGAAGAAGCUUUUGCAAGAAUGAAAAGGCUCUCUAGGCCGCAUCACUCACAGCUUAAUUUCUCGUGGGAUGUUCCGUCACCAACAUUGACAGCGAAACUACGGAUGGUAGAGUUACCGACGGACGAAUCUAGAGGACUGGAAGCACAAGCGUUAUUUGUGGAUGAUCAACUUUGGGUCCCUAUCAGCGUAGUGAAUGAAAAUAUCUUCAUUCUUCCUGGUGUGCCGCGACUUUUUGAGCAACUUCUAAGAGGACUCAAGCCGCUUCUACUUCCAAGGCUCGCUGAUCCGGAGGGGAGAGGCGUUUACCGGGUGAUGGUCUCGACGCCUUUGGCGGAAAGCUCCAUCGCGCCAUUUCUGACGGAGUUGGCAAAAAAAGUCGAAUAUCGAGGUGUCAAAGUUGGUAGUUAUCCACAAUGGAAUAGCAAAACGAAUACUGUUACGCUCGUUGGCAAGGAUAGGCCGUUCAUGGAAAGUCUUUUACCAGAGUUGGAAAAGGGCAUCCAGGGUAAACGGGUUCUUGUGGAAGGAAAUGAGGACCCUGAUGCCAAGAAGUAAAAGAAGUCUAUAUAAUUUGAAUCCCUUUAUAUUGCAGUGUGUAUAUAGAAUCUAUCUAGUUCAAUUAAAUCUCCAUUGCCGCUUAGGGCGC